AUGGAUGGUGGCAAGCUGGCGUCCGCCAUUUCCAUGGAGUCAUUGAACUCUGUCAGUACUGAGUCCUGCCCUCAAGUUAGGACCCUAUUUGUCUCUGGUCUUCCUAUGGACGCAAAACCUCGUGAACUUUAUCUGUUAUUCCGUGCUUAUCGUGGUUAUGAGAGUUCAUUGCUGAAGAUGACGGCCAAGAAUGGCAAGCCUACAUCACCUGUUGGAUUUGUUACCUUCCAGACUAGCAAGGAUGCUGAUGAAGCACGUAAGGCUUUACAAGGUGUACGUUUUGAUCCCGAUUGUGCUCAGGUAUUACGCCUUGAAUUGGCUAAAUCGAAUACGAAAGUCAGUCGGCCAAAGCAGUCAACUCCGCCAGUUAUUCCUAUGGCUGCUCCCUCUCUGCAGACAAUGCCUCAGUUCUUGGCGCCACUUCAGCCGGCCGAUGCGAUCCUAUUCGACCAACAUCCGCUGCUGUUCGAUCAGCAUCAACUAUUCUCACUGAAUUUACCACGAUUUCCUGCGGCCGCUACUCAGACCCUACCCCUAGCCGGUAUUCUGUCGACUGAUGGUGGCUAUCACCAAAAUGCCUUUUUACAGGCAGCCUUAGGCCUUAAUGCCCAGAAUGCUCCUUCCCUCCAAGGCUGUUCGACACUAUUCGUGGCUAAUCUGAGUCCAGGUGUCACUGAGGACGAACUGCGAUCUGUAUUCAAAGCCUUUGCCGGAUUCACUCGACUACGAAUGCACACGAAAAAUGGCUCCUCAGUGGCAUUUAUCGAAUAUUCAUCUCUAGCUUCAGCUACAAGUGCUAUGAUGGCGUUACAAGGGUUCCAUUUGGGAUCCUCCGAACGGGGUGGUAUCCGAAUCGAAUACGCCCGCAACAAAAUGGCCGACGUAAAUGGCUGA